AUGUCUUACCCUCAGACCAACUUUGAUAAGACGACAUUCCACGGUCCGUCGAUCUUGAAAAGCCGGCAAGCUGUCGUCGGUCUGGUCACGGCAAAGGCGCAGCUGAAGCAACUCAGAGAGACUGGUAGAUACGACUGUUUCAAGCUGCAAUGGCAUCCCAUCUACGACGACCAGUCUCAAUGGCCUGCAUCAAAGAGUCUUUUUUGGGAUAGCGACGUCGGCAAGUGGAUUGAAGGCGUCUGCUACCUGCUCGCUACAGAGUAUGAUGCCGAACUAGAUGCAGCAGUGAGAGAGCUGGUCGACAUGAUCCGAAGUGCGCAGCAAGACGACGGUUACCUCAACGUCUACUUCACUGUCGUUGAGCCGGAUAAGCGCUGGUCAAACAUAAGAGAUCAACAUGAGUUGUACAAUGCUGGCCAUCUCAUUGAGGCUGCAUUGGCUCAUAGACGCUACUACAAGAAUGACCUCCUCAUAGAGCCAAUCGAGAAAUACGUUCGCCUGAUACGUUCCGUCUUUGGACCAGGGGAGCACCAAAAACACGCAUACCCCGGACAUCCAGAGAUUGAGCUCGCCCUGCUCCGCCUCUAUAGUGCUACUGGAAACCAGGAUGCGUAUGACUUGGCACAGUACUUUAUUGAAGAGAGAGGAAAUCCAACGGGGCAAGAUGGAAUGCUCUACUACGACUGGGAAGAGAAACAGCGUGGUGAUAACAAGUAUAAGCGUCCCGACGCGUAUCCAGUGACUAGAAGCCACUGGUACAAUCAGGCGCAUGCACCCAUUCUGAAACAAGAGUCGGUAGAGGGCCAUUCCGUGCGAGCCAUGUACCUCUUGACGGCGGUUGCCGACUUGGUCUAUCACGAUGUUGGAGGCAAGUCAUAUGCCCAAAGCACACAAUACUUGGCAGCACUGGACAGGCUCUGGAACAACAUGGUGGACAAGAAAAUGUAUGUUACCGGGGGAAUUGGUGCCAUGCAUCAAUGGGAGGGCUUUGGGAUUGACUACUUCUUGCCACAAAGCACUGAUGAAGGUGGGUGCUACUCUGAGACCUGCGCUUCGAUUGGUGUCAUGAUGCUGGCGGAGCGUCUCCUACACCUUGAUCUCCACUCCCGGUACAGCGACAUUAUGGAGUUGCAACUCUACAAUGCCGUCAUGACGGCCAUGAACUUGGAGGGAACAGCCUUUACCUACGUCAACCAGCUUGGUAGCUCGGAGAAAGACAAGAGUGCCCGCGAGACAUGGUUCGAAUGUUCGUGCUGCCCACCCAACUUGAUGAGGCUGUAUGGGAGUCUUGGUGGCUACCUCUGGGAUCAUGGUGCCUCAAGCGAAGGCGCAUUCAUCAACGUGCACCUCUAUACCACGGCUCAAGUCAAGUUUGAUGUUGGAGGACAGAAGGUCCAGUUGGCGCAGAAAUCGAAUUGGCCAUGGGAGGGCAAGAUUGAGUUUGAGCUAGACUCGAAUGCCAAGGUCGACAUCCGGCUCAGGCUCCCGGCUUGGUCCGAAGGGGCUUACAUACUCGAACCUCCGCUCAGCGAUGCCAAAGUCGACAACGGGUACUUGCUUCUGCCAUCGUCAUACACUUCUCACAGCAAGCAGUUCUCACUGGAUAUUCAAGGAUUCGAACCCCGGCACAUCUCGCCACACCCGUACACGAAUCAGAAUACAUUAACGCUGGCUCGAGGUCCAAUUAUAUAUUGCGUGGAAGAUGCUGACAAUGAAUGGGAGUCUGAUCACUUUAGGAAUACUGUCAUCUCUGCCGACUCGCCGGUUGCGGAGUUUGAGCGCGAGAUUGCAGGAGAGAGAUACAUUGAGCUGCGCUCAUCCGGCUGGACCCGAGACUUGGACUCUUGGAAGGGGAAGCAAUCAGGGUCUGAACCAGGAGCCAAGAAUAGUUCUGGAGUUCUAGGCGACGAAAAGGAGCUUGUAUUUGUUCCGUAUUAUCUACGAGCGAACCGUGGCGGGAAAGGGCACAUGCGGGUUGGGCUGCUCAAGCAGUAG